AUGCCGGCACCUUCCCCACCCUCCCUCUCCGCCUCCUCCUCGACCACGUCACCGCCCUCGCACGCCCUCAUCCCUCUCUCCCGCGCCGAGCUUUCUGAGAGAGUCGGCCUCGUCUUUCAGUUUCCCGAGCGCUACUUCCUCACGGACAGUGUGUUGGCGGAGCUCACAUUCGGCUGGCCCUCGCGAGUGGAGGACAUUCCUCUCAGGCAGGCGCUGGCUGCACGCGUGCAGGCUGCUCUCAUAGCGGUGGGCCUAAUGGGAGUGGCCCUGGACACCAACCCUCGUGCGCUCAGUGGAGGCAAUCAGCGCCGCCUCGCCCUCGCCAUCCAGCUCGUUCGGAUGCCGGAGCUGCUGCUGCUGGACGAACCUCUUGCUGGGCUCGACUGGAGGGCGAGGGCGGACGUGGUGAGGCUGCUGGCGGCACUUAAGAGGGAACGCUCCAUCCUUGUUGUCAGCCAUGACCUCAGGGAGCUGGCCCCAUUAGUGGAUCGCUCAUGGCGGAUGCAAAUGGGGGGGCGGCUGAGGGAGGAGCCGCUACCAGCAGCCGUGUCUGAUGAUGAAGGCGACUCGAAGCGCGUUCCAAGGGCGGGCGACGAGGAGGCCGUGGAGACGACGGGCAUUGCGGCGGCCAAUGCGGCGGCCAACGCGGCGAGCAUUGCCGCGGGUGCCGCGGAAGGAAACUCAGAGGGGGGCGAGCGGGCGGAGAGGUCCGCGGAGCAGGAGGGGAAGGCGGAGGGAGGGGGCGGCGCGGUGGACGAGCUGAGGGCGCGCGUGGGCCGUCGGAUGGCGAAGAAGAUCAAGAAGGUGGUGGCGGCGGGGAAAGGCGACGCGAAGCACUACUACGACGUGUACGGCGCGCAGGUAAGGUGGGGGGAGAGAGGGUGGGAGGGGUAUUCGGGCAACAAUUGUGCUGUCGGGGAAGGGCGCCGCGAAACACUACUACGACGCGAUGUGCAGGAUUUGAUUCUCUGGGUGCUCACAGGGGAGGUCAACCCGCAGUGGGCAUUCAUCAAGAACAAGCCGCUUGUAUCAAGGGUGGUGGUGCUGCUGGUGCCCGGAAUCGACGCCCACACCUUCCACUCCCGCCCGGACCUCUUCCCGAACCUGCACCGCUGCUUUGGCGGCAAAUCUCUGCCAUUGAAGGCUGUGAGCCCAUCAGCAACAGUGUCGGAUACAAUGAAGGCCAUGUUCUCACGACCCGUUGCCCCCAAGAAAACCACCAGCUCGUCCUCUGCCAGAUCAGCAGCUGCCACGUCAGCACACGCGGACAGCAAGGCAGAAGCAGGUGGGACAAACGAUGUGGGCUGUGAAAUAAAGGAGGGGACGAGUAGGGGUGCGCAGGGAGGUGAACAUUACCUGCUGACGUGGCGCCAGCUGAAAGAAAACAAUUUUCCGCUGCCCGUGGUGGGAGGAAACAAGGGGCGAGACGGGCAGGAUGGGAAAGAGGCUGCCCGGAAAGCAGGCGGCAGCGUCUCACUUGCUGAUGGCUCGGCUGUUCCCCCUCCAGGGUAUGUAAUGACCCGACCAUGGGGCGAGGGGAAGAGGAGGGGGAAGGAAGUAAAAGGGGGAGGCAAGGAGCAGCAGAAGGAGUACCAUCGGUUGGUGGCUGUUGACUGUGAAAUGUGCAACACCCACAAGGGUCUCGAGCUCACUCGCCUCACACUGCUGGAUGCCCACGGCAAGGUGCUAUUAGACGAGCUGGUGAAGCCUGAAAGCCCCAUCACCAACUACAACACGCAGUUCUCCGGCAUAACUCCUCAGAUGCUGGCAGGGGUGACAACCACACUGCAGCACGCACAGGAGCAUUUUCUCGGCAUAGUCAGCGCAGAGACCAUCCUGGUGGGCCAUUCCACAGAGAGCGAUCUGCAUGCAAUCCGGGCCGUCCAUCUGCGUGUGAUCGACACAUCGCUGCUCUUCCCCCACCCCCGCGGGCCGCCCUUCAAGUGUGCUCUGCGCUUCCUAGCAGCAGACUACCUUGGCCGGACCAUUCAGGCUGGCUGGAGUAACACGUGGAGCCGUAGUGCUCAAAAGCCGGUUGCAGCAGCACCGCCGGCUACAGCAGCAGGAGGAGUGGGUGGUGAGGGCGACGCAGCAGCAAACGGCGUGCAGCAUGAGACUGCGCGUGGGAGCACUGCAGGUGAAGCAGCAGAAGUAGCAACAGCAGCAGCAGCAGCAGCAGGAGCAGCAGUAGGAGAGGGAGCAACAGCAAGAGAAGGAGCAAUGGAGGGAGCAGCAGCGAGAGAGGGAGCAGCAGAGGAGCAGCAGGGAACAGUGUCAUCGGACAGCGCAGGGCAUGACAGUGUGGAGGACGCCCGGGCUGCUCUUGACCUUGCUCUGCUCAAGAUACAACAUGGUCCCCACUUUGGCCUGCCUAGAAGAGCCUCAAAGCUGCACCACACGGAGAACAUUCUCACGCGCCUCUCCUCCUCCGGGCGGCGCUGCACCGUCGUCUUGCACGCGCAAGCUGCCAAAGCGGACCUCUUUCUGGGCGGCAACUCCAACUCCACGUCGGAGAUUCUGUGCCUCAAGCACGGGGACUUGGGGAAGGUUGCGAGCAGAGAGGCGUGCAAGCCAUCGCUCAACCUCCUCGUCGCCACCUUCCCAUCCCUCAUGGCCUCCCUCUCCGCCCGCUGCUCCUCCCUCGCCUCCAUGCCUCGACUCGCCGCUGCCCUUUCUGCUCCCAUGCCAUCGCCAGCACCUGCUUCCGGACCUGCAUCCGGACCUGCAUCCGAACCAACUCAACCUGCAUCCGAGCCUGCUUCCGAACCUGCAUCAGAGAAGCAGCAGCAGCAAUUGGCACCUGCGCAUCCAGCCGACUGUGCUGUGGAGGAAUCUUCCAGGAAGGUGGACGCACAGGUGGGGCAGAUGCACGAGGCUCUGCCGCCCAACACUCUGCUGCUCGUCGUCACUGGGUGCGGCGACACGCCAGCUGUCAGACGCAUGAUGGAGUGGCGGUGGAAGCGGCAGCAGUGGAGGAGCACAGGCAUGGAUCCCUGGGACGAGCACCUAGACGCUCUCUUGAACUGCAUGCAGGAGCGGGCCUCUGCUGCCCUGUUAUUGGCCGCUGUGAAGCAAUGA